AUGUAUUCACUUUGGAAAGAAGUAAGUGAUCAAAUUAAAAAGAAGGCAGAAGAUCUAAAUAACAGUAUUCAAGAAUUAAAUAUAAAUAAUACUUCCACAAAAAGUAAUAAUGAUCUGAAGAAAAAUGAAAAUGUAAACGAGAACAAUCCGGAUCGUAGUUUUCGGGAUAGUAUACAAGAUAAAUUAAAUCUUUUAAAUAAUAAAUAUAUAAAUAAAGACUUUUCAGAAUUACAAUAUUAUAAUGAUAAAUUUAUGAGCGGAUUUAAUAAUAUUAAGAAAAUGGUAGGGGAUAUUUAUAAAGAUAAAUUAAAUAAUCUAAAUAUAAAUGAAGAUGAUUCCAAAAAAAAAAAAAUUUGUUUAUCCAGUAUUGUACCAUGGAAAAAAGCUGAUGUCAUGAUAUCCAAAAUUUAUAGAAAGAAAUAUGAUCAAGGAUUUCCAUUGAACUUACCAGAUCCAUAUAUAAAUAAACAAGUCUAUGAAAGAAUACUAAAAUUAAAUACUGAUAGAAAUAAAAUACUACACACAAAUAUUCUUGAAAAUUAUAAUUUUAAUUGGAACAAAAAAAAAGAUCAAAGUGAACAAAUUAUGAAUGAAGAUCCUAAUUUAAUUAAUACCAAAAAUGUUCUUGUACCUUACUAUAUGUCCGAAAUGCAAUUCUGGAAAUCCUAUUUUUUCAAUAUAGAUAUUAUUUAUAAUGAAAUUGCCGAUGAUAUUUUUGAUAACAAAUUUAAUAUAUUAGAUAAUUAUCCAACAACAAACAUUUUGAAUAAUGAAAUUUAUGUGGAUCAAGUAAAGGAUAAUACUUUUGCGGAAAAAAAAAAUGAACACUUGGAAAAUAAAAAUGGCUACCUAGAUAAUAAAAAUGGCUACCCAUAUAAUAAAAAUGGCUACCCAGAUAAUAAAAAUAGUUAUUCAAAAAAUGAACAAAAAGCAAACGAAAUAUAUCUUGAAAAUAAUAAUAUAAAAAUUGAAAAUACAAUGAGUAGUAUACCUAACGAACUAAAUAAAGACAAGCCCUUUUUAAACGAUAAAGAGUACAGUUCAGAAAUAAAUAAACAUGUUAAUAACGAAGAGAAGCAUUUUAUAAAUAAGGAAAAAGAAUAUAAUUCUUGUGCAGUAUUAAAUGAUGUGUUGAUUAAAAAUGAAGACGAAAAUAUUACAAAUGACAUUGUAACAAAUGAAAAUGUUGAGGAUGAAAAGAAUCACUAUAACUUGUAUGACAGCAAUUCUAUGACAUCAUAUGAAGAUGUAUAUAUGAAAAAGACGAAUAUAAAUGGAAUAAAUAUAUAUAUGGAUAAUGAUAUAUACAUGAAUUUAAGUGAAAAAUCAAAUAACUUUAAAAACAUUUUGAAUAACAAUAAAAAAAUCAAUGAUGAUAAUAAAAUAAUUAAUGGUGAUAAUAAAAAAAUUAAUGAUGAUAAUAAAAUUUAUGAUAAAAAUUAUGUUGAUAAUAUAGAUAAUAUUUUAUUUUCCUCAAAAAAUGUGGAACCAUGUGAUAUUAAAUUAAAUGAAGAAAGUAAAUAUACAAAUAUUAAAGAAGACAAUGAACAAAAUAUAUGUCCAUCGGAUAGCAAUAUAUAUUUAAAAGAUAUCUCUAAAAUAAAAAUAGAAAAUAAUGAUUUUCAAAAAAUAUCUGAAUAUAAUACAAAAUUUCUGGAUGAAAUAAGUGAAGCAAAUAGAAGUGCAUGUGAUUUGGAGGAACCAAAAAGUGAUUUUUUUGAUUCUUCAAAUAUAAAAAAAGAAUUGAAUGAAAUGAAAAAUUCAAAAAUGAUAUAUACUAAAAAUGACAUAAUUAAUGAAAAUAUAAAUCCUUUAGACGUACAAAAUGAUAUUAAUAUAAACGAAAUAAUUGAAGAAAUGAAGGAAGAUUCACAUAGCUAUAAUAAUAUAAUACCUAAUAAAAAUAAUAUUCAUGUACAUCAUAAUAUCAAUAUUGAAAUCAAUAAUAAGAGAGAACAAGAAUUAUUUUGUUCUGAUAAUUUAAAAAAUGAUUCUGAUGAUAUUGUAAAAAAGGAUGAUAUAAAUUUAGAUGUAUUAAAUUUGGUAAAUAAUAUGGAAUUCGAUAUAGAUGAAAAUAAAUUUAACAAAGAAGAAUUGGAGCAAUUUGAAAAGGAUAUCUUAAACAUGUAA